AUGAGUGAGACAAAUGAAACCUAUCAAAACAAACAGCUAUUCCCUCCUCCUACUGACGGACAGACUGACUUCAGCGAGGUCACUGACGCUUCUGCAGAUGAAAAUGGGGAUGGACCUCACGACGAGCACGACAAUGACGCAAACGCUGACAACGACGUUGUCGAUGGCGCCAAGGCUGACGCCAUGCUUCCUCUUCUUUCCUCGUUGCAGACUACUUCGGAUUCCAGAUGCCACAAUUGCUUGGGAGCUUUUGCAUCUCAACAAGCAAAUCGAUGUUCGGCAGGCAACCCACAUUUUGCCAAUACUUCUUCUAGUCAGCCUCAUGCUCCGUCGAAAUGUGCUCCAGAUCCCUCAGGUCGAAUAAUCACGGUCGCAGAUCUUGCGUCCCCUUUGAAGACAUGCCUGCUCUCACAGGCUGUUGCUCUGUCGCUGGUCGCCAAGUCAUCCGUGACCGCCAGUCUCAUGUCAGACAGCCUAAUUGUCCAAUCGGACGAGCAGGAUGUCGCCGAAGCUGUCUCAGAUGUUGACGAUGGUCAAGAGGCAGAAGUGAACCAACAGCCUUCACAGCAACACAAAGACCGAGGCCUGGAGCCUUCCAGAGGGCCUGAUGGGCGAGUCGGACCGGGUUCACUUGCUUUCGAAACAAGCGGCAUGUACCAGCCUGAAGAUGGAUCGUCAGAUCUGCGAAGAAAGCAUUCUCUUGAAGAGGUGGAUUAUGAGUCGGAAAAGGAGGAUUCAGAAGAGGAUGACGACGACGCAUUGAACAUCGUCGUCAGUGAGUUCAGUGAUCCGGAGGAGAUUUCGCCUCCUCUACCGCCACGUUCCCGACAGCAAAACUUGGCCCGUUCAUUCGCCUCGUCUGCGACGGCCGAUGUUCCCGAGUUGCAGGCGACCAACUGUCGGAGCCGGCAACGACGACUCGCCCUGAGGCAUCAUGCGGCUGACAACCAGCAUUCAAGGCCCUCAGCAACCUCGUCUGUCGCCUUGACUACGGGCAAUCGGUCCGGUGCAGAGCGCCAAUUACCCACGCCACCGGCACCACCGGCAGUACCGCUGCCUCGAGAGCAACAGCAGAUAAAACGACGUUCGCAAACCUGCCAGGAACCAGUUCUGACGUCUUCUAUCUCCACUGGCCUCGUUCUGAAAACCAAUCCUGAAGAUGAUGAGCGUCAGCAUGAAUCUUCCAGUAAAACCAAUCGACAGCUGGUCAGGAAGAAUCCGCCGUCGUCUUCUGGCGGAACCGAACUUCGAAUCUCUUCACGCAACACUUUGACUCGAAAUGAAGCAACGCACGAGAACUCGUCGAAGGGACAGGGGAAUUCGAUCCUUUCACCAAUUGUCAAGUCAACUCCCUCGACGGGCAAUGUCGACUAUGAAACUUUUGGGAAUGUGCCAGAAUGUACAGUGCCCACUCGGGCAGAAGAUGCUUAA